AUGCUCUCCGCUGCAAAAGUACGCAUCCAUGGGAUGCAAGAUGAUAACUGGGUGAUAAAGGAUAAAAUCAAUCAAUACCGAGGACUUAUUAAGCUAUACGAACGAGAUCGCAAGAUACAUGAAGGAGAUUUAGCGAAGCAAAAACGACGUUAUUCUCGUGACAUUCGCCAACUCCGUAAGGAUAUUGCUAAGAAAAGGCAGGAGCUUGGCGUAGCUGUGUAUGGAGACAAACAAUUUUUAAGAAAUGCCUUCCAGGAACACAGACGAUUACAAUUGACAUACAUGAACAGCCAAGCUGAUAAAGUCUUAGAGAACAUUCACCAAGAAAACUUUAACAAAAGGAAGCAGCUGGAUCGAAUAAGAUAUAUUAAGAAAAAGAAAAUGGAAAAAUUUCGUCGCACACAACUUGAAUCAGCAGAGCUACAUGAUCGCCUACUGUAUGAGGUGAGCGGAAAACUGCCAGCUGAAAAAAAGGAGCAAGCUGUGGCUAAUUAUGUUCAACGUGCCAAUAUAAAAAAGAACGCAGCUUUGGCUAUUAAAGUCAUGUAUAAGAAGAUUCUAGAUAUUCUUAAAAAGGAUUCUUCCUACUUCACAGUUGUAUUGGAGGCUUUGAAAUUAGAUUGCCGAGCUCAAGGCAAAUGCUUAAUGGGUGCCACGGAAAUGGGCCAACUUGCCAUGGAGUAUUUAGAUGACAGAAAGUUUGAAUUCAACAAAUUGGAAAAGGAGAUCAAAGCAAACAUGAAAGAAAGGGAACGAACGUUGAAGGUUGUACGUCGUGAAGUCGCAUACUUGAUGGAUUCCUUUCCAAACUUGAUCCGCAAAGAGGAGGCAACGAAUCUGGAUGAUUUGUACGAAGAACAAGAUAACGUUAGCCUUCAUUCCGUGCACUGGGAGCUUGAAGAAGUCAUGAGUAUUUGUAAACGUUUGCAGCAAGGGACGUUGGUAUCGUCCUAUGACAAAAUACUUUUAAGAUUGAAGGAGCAAAAGUAUCAGUCCGAGCGCCUUAUGAUGCAGUUGGCUCAAAACAGUGUGAAGAGAGACGCGCUGAUUGAAGAUCGUAAACACGCUAUACUAAUGCUUGAUUCGCUGAAAAAUGUUGGUCAGGAGCGCACUGCACAGUACAUAGAAGAAAAAAGGCAGCUUAGAGCGGCGUUGGAGGCGGAACAGCGUGAACAAAAGAACCUUAUUGAAGCUUUGGACGAGAAGGGAAACCUUAUAAUUCAAAUGAAAACUUCACUGCAACAAAUCAAUCAGUUACUGUCGUGCGUGGGAGCACCAAAUAUAGCAAGGCCAGCAACCGCCAUCCCCGCAGCCAUCCAGUAUGCGCUGGAUGAGAUGAUUCAACCUGUCCCCCGAGUGGAGGAGGACUUGGACAAACUGAUAUUAAACGCUCGGCAAAAGCUGAACGUUUUGAUGCAGGCCGUUUCGAAAAUGGAGGUGACAAAGGAUAUUCGCGAGCAGGCUUAUCUUUUCUACCACAACAUACUGGCAAGGUCAAUGCGCGACAACUAUAAAGAGGAAGCAGUAAUGGAAGGAGGACUGAUCGAGUUUGAAAUCGAGGACCCGAAUGUGCCAAGCCAUGCCAUCAUUAAAUUGCGCAGCAAGCAAUUGGUGGAGGCACAAGUCAGCGAGUUCGAUGUACCUGAUCAACCGGCUAAAAAGUAA